AUGAUAUCUCAGCAUAGGAAGUUAGUUUAUGGUGGAAAUUUGUUUCAUGUUCGUUGUUGUGCACACAUCUUGAACUUGCUGGUUCAAGAUGGACUUGGGAGGAUUAUAGGCAUUAUUGAAAAUGUGCGUGAAAGUGUAAAGUUCAUCAACCAAUCUGAGGCAAGAUUGCGCAUGUUCACUGAAAUUGCUCAAAAUUUGCAACUUGGUGGGAGGAAAUUAAUUCUUGACUGUCCUACUCGUUGGAAUUCAACAUAUGAAAUGCUUUCAAUAGCAUUGCAAUUCAAAGAAGUAUUUCCACGAUUCCAAGACAGAGAACCUACUUAUAAGUGGCUUCCAGAGCCAUAUGAAUGGGAAAAGGUUGAGAAAGUUACUAUGUUGCUAGAAGUGUUUAAUGUGGCCACACAUGUUAUUUCGGGAAGUGAAUAUCCAACUGCCAAUCUAUACCUUACAGAGGUAUUUAGGAUUAAGCAUGUCCUAGACAAAGCAAUUAAGGAUAAUUGUCUUUUCAUGCAAGACAUGGCUUGGACAAUGAAAGCUAAAUUUGACAAAUAUUGGAGUGAGUGCAACAUGGUUAUGGCACUUGCUAAUAUUUUGGACCCUAGGUGCAAGAUGAUGGGUGUUAGAAUGUGCUUCCCAAUGAUCUAUCCAAAAGAUGAAGCUGAAGAAAAUAUAAAAAAGGUACAAAAAGCCCUUAAUGAUAUGUAUGCAGAAUAUGUUAUUUUUUUAAGUGAGGAUGCAGAAAGAGAACAAUCUACAAAUAUUAAUGAGAGUCAUAGUACUAUGACCUCAAUAUCUUCAAGCUCUACAGGGUGGUCAUUGUUGAUGGAUUUUGUAAAACAAACAGAGGUAGUUCCUCCUAUAAAAUCUGAAGUGGAAGUUUAUUUAGAUGAGCAUGUAUACAUUCCAAACAAUAGUUUACAUACUACCUUUUGUGCUUUAGAUUGGUGGAAGGUGAAUAGUUCAAAAUUUCGAGUGUUAUCUAGAAUGGCUGCAGAUGUUCUUGCUAUUCCAAUAUCAACAGUAGCUUCAGAAUCCACCUUUAGUGCUGGUGGAAGAAUCAUUGAUUCAUUUCGGGCUUCUUUGAAUCCAGAUACAGUUGAAGCCUUAAUUUGUGGAGGAGAUUGGCUUCGGGUUCUAUAUGGUAUUAGGAACAAACCUAAGGUAUUUUAA